UCGUCGCCCUCGCGUUCCUCAGCAACGAGGCCGACGCCCUCGCGCUCAAGAUCAGCGCGCCCCGUCGCGCUUCGCGCGGGUCGUCGGUGGCCAUGUCCCUGGCGCCGCGCCGGGCCCUCCCCGGUGCGCUCGCCGCCGGCGCCGCGGCGUUGACGGCGACGGGCGCCCGCGCCGCCGAGGCCCAGCGCUGGGCGGCGUCGGAGCUCCUCGACCAGGUCAAGUCCGGCGCCGUGGAGAAGGCGACGUUCGCGUCGGACUCGAGCGGUUUGGUCGCCGUCGACAGCGACGGCGCGCGCCACGACGUCCAGCUCCUGUCGUCGCAGACGUCGGAAGUAGUGCAGCUCCUGCGGUCCAAGGGCGUGCCCUUCGACGUCGCCGCGCCCGUCGCCGACGCGGGCCAGUUGGUCGAGACGGUCGCGAACGUCGGCGUGCCCUUGCUCCUCCUCGGCGGCCUCUUCUUCCUCUUCCGCGGCGGCGGCCAGGGCGGCGGCCCCAUGGGCGGCGGCGACGGCCCCAUGGGCAUGCUCCAGAGCCGCGCGAAGAUCGAGGUCGAGCCGGAGACGGGCGUGACCUUCGCGGACGUCGCGGGCUGCGACGCGUCCAAGUUGGAGCUCGAGGAGGUCGUCGAGUUCCUCAAGUCGCCCGACAAGUUCGAGGCCGUGGGCGCCCAGUGCCCGCGCGGCGUCAUCCUCGAGGGCCCGCCGGGCACGGGCAAGACGCUCCUGGCCCGCGCCGUCGCGGGCGAGGCCGGCGUGCCGUUCAUCUCGACGUCGGGCUCCGAGUUCGUCGAGAUGUUCGUCGGCGUCGGCGCGAGCCGCAUCCGGUCCAUGUUCGGCGACGCGAAGAAGAACGCGCCCUGCAUCAUCUUCAUCGACGAGAUCGACGCCAUCGGCCGCCAGCGCGCGUCCGGCGGCGGCUUCCAGGGGGGCAACGACGAGCGCGAGCAGACGCUGAACCAGAUCCUCACGGAGAUGGACGGCUUCUCCGGCAACUCGGGCGUCAUCGUCAUCGCCGCGACGAACCGCGUCGACAUCCUCGACCAGGCGCUCAUGCGCCCGGGCCGCUUCGACCGCAACGUGCCCGUGCAAUUGGCGGACAAGGCCGGGCGCGCGGAGAUCCUCAAGGUCCACGUCCGCGACAAGCCCCUGGCGCCCGAGGUCGACAUCGACACCGUCGCCGGCCGGACCAUCGGCUUCUCCGGCGCCCAGCUCCAGAAUUUGAUGAACGAGGCCGCGAUCUUCGCGGUCCGCCGCGACGGCGACGUCAUCGAGAUGCGGGACGUCGAAUCCGCGCUCGACCGGUUGACCGUGGGCCAGGCCAAGCAGACGGGCACGAACAACAAAAAGCGCCAGGAGCUCGUCGCCUACCACGAGGCGGGCCACGCCAUCAUGGCCGCCAUGACGCCCGGCUACGACGCCGUCGCCAAGGUGACCAUCGUCCCCCGGUCGAACGGCGCGGGCGGCUUCACGCUCUUCACGCCCAACGAGGACCGCGCCGAGUCCGGCAUGUACUCCUUCUCCUUCCUCAACGCCCAGCUCGCCGUCGCGCUGGGCGGCCGCGUCGCCGAGGAGCUCGCCUACGGCCAGGAGGAGGUCACGACGGGCGCGUCGAACGAUCUGCAGCAGGUCCGCGACAUCGCGCGGCGCAUGAUCGCCCAGUGGGGCUUCCGCGCGACGCCCGGCAGCCGCGGCGAGAACGUGCUCCGCGCGCCCGUCGCCUGGGAGGAGGCCGAGAAGCAGAUGGGCGGGCCCCAGACCGCGUCCAAGUCCACGGAGCGCCUCAUCGACGUCGAGACCAAGGCGCUCGUCCAGGGCGCCUACGACAAGUGCUACGCGACCCUCGAGUCGAACAAGAAGCUCCUCAAGGCCGUCGUCGACGAGCUCAUGGACAAGGAGACCAUCGACCAGAGCCAGUUCAUGGCCCUCGUCGCGGAGUACGGCGACAAGGAGGCGGCCGUCGCCGCGUCGAUCAGCGAGCUGGCGCCGAAGGAGUUCGACGCCGCCGCCUUCUACCGGUCCAAGCUGCGCAAGACGGCCAGCGUGCAGAUCGUCCGCGUCUCGCGCCGCGACCUCGACGAGGGCGGCGGCAUCUCCGUCGUCGUCUCCGGCGCGUCGCGGGAGGUCGCCAAGCUCUGGCGCGCCUGGAGCGAGCGGCGGACCUACAUCCACGCGAACCGCAAAUGCGUCCUCUGGGCGCGGCACGCGCCGUCGACGGAGCCGCCGCGGUCGCGCGGCGAGAACGUCUACGACGGCGCGCGCGUCAACUGGGACGCGCGGACGCCCCGGGGCCCGCGGCGGCGCGACAUGUGCGACAUUCUGGACUUCCUCGGCCGGGACCUGCUGACCGUCAAGGCCGCCUUCGAGGACGAGUGCCGCGUCGGCGAGCGGAAAAGCUCGCUGCGCGCGGCCGCGCCGCGGAGCAACGACGACGACGACAUCGACCGCCUCCGGCACCACGGCGGGCCCUUCAACGCCGCCACGGCCGGGAGCCGCCUCGUGCCCCGCGACGACCUCGCGCGCGGGCCGGGCCGCGCGCCCGACGACGGCCGGCCCGCGCGGCCGCCCGCGGACCCGCUCGGCGGCGGCAAGCUCGCGCGGAGCUCCCUGCUCGCGGCGACGCUCGGCGUGCGCGUCCACGCCGACGGCUGCGCCGCCGACGCCGAGGAAAAGGAGGACGAGGAGGAGGCGAAGGCGCCGCCGUCGCCGGCGCGACGGCCCGCGGAGGCGGAGGCGGUCGCGCCCGCGGCGCCGCGGGGCGCGCGCGUCAAGGAGGCGUUCCUCAAGCACGACCUCUACGGCGACCGGACCAUGCCCGGCGAGAUGGCCUGGGCCGCGCUGCCCAAGGCCCUCGCGGAGGUCUGCGACGCGCGCUACGGCGCCGCGGACGUCGCGCGCGUCGCCGCGGCGCUCGACGUGCCGCCGCACUACCCCGUGGACAUCGCCCAGUUCCGGCGCAUCGUCGACGAGCUCGACGCCGGCGGCGCGCGCGACGCGGACCUGCGGCGCCAGAGCUGGGUCGACAAGGACCAGCAGCGGCGCGCGGCCGCGGCGGCCAGGUACCGCGAAUCGCGCGCCGGCGCGGCGAACGCGGGCACCUUCUGCGACGCGGAGCCGCUCAUGGACCCGGAGACCCGCGCCAUCCGGCGCUCCGCCGUCCGCGCGCGCCACCGCCGCGCGCACGGGCGCGAGAUCGACGACCCCGGGGUCUACUAA